CCCACCCUCUAUAUAAGAGGCAGCUGCUGUGGCUGAGCGCAGUGAGAGCAGCAGGCAGGAUCAGGAGCUCGCACGAUCCGCACUGGCCAUCCAGUGGCAGCAGGGGGCAUACUCCAUCAACCCAAGCACAUGGCACACUAACCACUACUCCCACUGCCCCGGAGUGAUCGCAUCGGGCUGGAGGCUUCCUGUCCUGGCUGCUUACUGGAGGUGACACUGGGGUGUCCAGCAAGGAGCCACAUUCACAGCUAGGAGACCCCCAACUCCAAUGAUGACCUAUUGCUAGAAGAGCUUUUAACCUUCCGUGGAACCCCCACACCCACCCCACUAACCAUGCGGUCCUAUUCGGUGGUGGAUGUGUGCGUGCAGGAUGUGGAGAAGAGGAGGAAUCCGUCCAAGCACUAUGUAUAUAUCAUCAACGUGACCUGGUCAGACUCCACCACGCAAACCAUCUAUAGAAGAUACAGCAAAUUUUUUGACCUUCAGAUGCAAGUUUUGGACAAGUUCCCCAUCGAAGCUGGACAGAAAGACCCAAAGCAGAGAAUAAUUCCAUUCCUUCCAGGGAAGAUUUUGUUUCGGAGGAGCCACAUUCGUGAUGUUGCUGUCAAGAGACUGAAGCCGAUCGAUGAAUACUGCAGGGCACUGGUGAAGUUGCCAGCUCAUAUAUCACAGUGUGAAGACGUUCUUAGGUUCUUCGAGGCGCGUCCCGAGGAUCUGGAUCCUCCAAAAGAGGAUUAUGGAUCAUCCAAGAGAAAAUCAGUUUGGAUGUCCAGUUUAUGUGAGAUUCCAAAGGCUGAACUGAAAGGUGCUGAUGGUAACUCCGAACCCAUGAUACUCGAGCAGUACGUCGUAGUGUCCAACUACGAGAAGCAGGAAAAUUCUGAGAUAAGUUUAAAGACCGGAGAACUGGUGGACGUCAUCGAGAAGAACGAAAGCGGUUGGUGGUUUGUCAGCACAGCAGAGGAGCAAGGCUGGGUACCGGCUACCUACCUAGAUUCUCAUAGUGGAACCAAAGACGAUUCAGAAAUUAAUACUUCCAAAAUAGGGGAUGUAACUAAGAGACGCAAGGCGCAUCUACGGCGAUUGGACCGGCGAUGGACGCUGGGUGGCAUAGUCAACAGGCAACAGAGCCGAGAAGAGAAAUAUGUCACCAUCCAACCGUACACCAGCCAAGGAAAAGAUGAAAUCGGGUUCGAGAAAGAUGUCACCGUGGAGGUCAUCCAGAAGAAUUUAGAAGGAUGGUGGUAUAUCAGGUAUCAAGGUAACGAGGGCUGGGCUCCCGCAUCCUACCUGAAAAAAGCCAAAGAUGACCUCCCGUGCAGGAAGAAGAAUUUGGCCGGCCCCGUGGAAAUCAUAGGAAACAUCAUGGAGAUCAGUAACUUGCUGAACAAAAAGCAGUCGAACGAAAAAGAGGGUCAAGGAGGAAACGAGGGCGAGGAACCCCCAAUAACCAAAAAGGAAAUCAGCUUGCCCAUACUUUGCAAUGACUCCAAUGGAAAUUCCAUGAUGACGUCGGAGAAGCAACCCUGCAAGGUGACCCCGGGAUCUCCGGCCGUGGCCAGGAUCGCUCCCCAAAGAUCUGAAAUAAGUUCUCCGAAUUUAAGAACGAAACCUCCACCUCGAAGAGAGUCCAGUCUGGGAUUCCAGUUACCAAAACCCCCGGAGCCUCCAUCAGUCGAAGUUGAAUAUUACACGAUUGCCGAGUUCCAAUCCUGUAUAUCGGAUGGAAUCAGUUUCCGAGGAGGUCAAAAAGCAGAUGUGAUUGAUAAGAAUUCAGGUGGUUGGUGGUACGUUCAAAUAGGUGAAAAGGAGGGAUGGGCACCUUCUUCUUACAUCGACAAAAGAAAGAAACCAAAUUUAAGUAGGAGGUCGAGUACCUUAACGAGACCCAAAGUUCCUCCUCCCGCACCACCCAUCAAACCAAAAGAUGCAGAGGAAAGAGCUGCUCAUGGAACCAGUUGCUCGGAAGAAUCCAGAGAUUCCCCUAUAAAGCAAAAAUACGAAGAGCCGGAAUACGAUGUUCCUGCUUUUGGGUUUGAAUUAGAAGCAGAGAUAAACGAGUGUUCGUCCCAAAGUCACAUUGAUGACGUCAUCGUAGAAAGUAUGUUCCAACCCUCCAAGCUUUCGCCUGUUUCUACUCUCCAAAGAGCGAAAUUCAAGGUUGGCGAAUCUACCGAAGACGUCACAAACGAAGAAGAGACCAUUUAUGAAAAUGAAGGUUUCCGACCUUAUGGGGAAGAUUCCGUUUCGAACAAAGAAUUCCGUGGAGAUUCAGGCUCGCAAAAAGGGUCUUCGGCGAUACAGAGAAAUUCUCCUACUGCAGCCACAUCAAAACCACCUCUCUUGAAAUAUAAAUCAGAAAAAAAUAUUCAGCAGGAAACAGGUAAAAGCGUCUCAUUCUCAACUGUUGAGGAGAAAAAGCCAAGGUCAGCUUCAGAUGUUGGUUCGAGUGCAUUGCAGAAGGCUUGUUCAAAGAAUGAUCUGGAGCAAAAAGCGGGAGUGAUAUCUUCAACCAAAGCAAAGCCGUCGGUUAGACCAAAGCCCUUCUUAAAUAAAGCGGACUCCCAAAAACAGGAUAAGAUGGACAUUAGCAGCUUGAGGCGCCAGCUCAGACCAACAGGACAGCUCAGAAGUGGACUUAAAGGUUCUAAAAGUGAAGACUCAGAGCAUCCACCAAGGACAGCUUCCGAUGAUGCUGAGAGCACUCCGAGAAGAAGCUCCGUGGAUUUUCCAGGUUCCUCCCGCACUAUCAUUUGCACAAAUAACAAGAAUGAGGAAAGCAACGAGGAGCAGAGGAUCGUUUAUAAAGCCACCAGCAGCUACCAAAAGGUUCAGGAUUCGGAAAUAAGCUUUCCGGCAGGAGCCACCGUAGAACUCAUUGAAAAACAAGACAGUGGUUGGUGGUAUAUAAAAUACAAGAACUUGGAGGGCUGGGCCCCCUCACACUUUCUAGAGCAGGUGGACAAUAAGCAAUGUGAGACCUCCUCCACUACUGAGUCGGAUUCAGUUAAAUGUAAAAAAACUGAAAACAAGUCAAACAGCCUGGAGAAGAUAGAAAGAAGAGUGCAAGCUUUAAAUACUAUUAACCAAAGCAAGAGAGCAACACCUCCAGUUCCUUCAAGGCCUCCGGGAGGAUUCUCCAAACCUCCAGGUCCAGCAAGCAAUGUUGUAAAGUUGAGAAAUGGGGUGAAACAAUUAGCGGUCAGACCACAAUCCGUGUUUGUCUCCGCACCGCCAAAGGAUAACAGCAUUUCUUGUCACUUGCGAAGGAAUGAAUCUUUAUCCGCUACCGACCACCUGAGAACAGUGCGUCGAAACUUGUCUUUCAAUACUACCCGUUCCCAGACCAACGGAACCAAGGCAAAGUCUCUCGAUAAAACAGAAGCCGGCUCUUCCGAAUCGGAGACGCCAGUUAGAUCUCCGCAAAAGAAUGGAAUACCCGUGUCUACCGUCCGACCUAAACCCAUCGAGAAAUCCCAAUUUAUUCACAAUAACCUGAAAGAUAUUUAUGUCUCCAUUGCAGACUACGAAGGAGAUGACGAAACUGCAGGGUUUGAGGAAGGGGUUUCCAUGGAAGUUUUGGAAAAGAACCCAAAUGGCUGGUGGUACUGCCAUAUCCUCGAUGGGGUCAAACCGUUUAAAGGAUGGGUACCCUCAAACUACUUAGAGAAAAAGAAUUGAUAGUGUCUGAAUAUAUAUAUGAAUAACACCAAGGACAUUAUUAACGUAGGACUAGUGCUGAGUUUGGGAUUAUAAAAUACUUGGUGAGCCAGUUUUAGGCGGCCAUCAUGGAAGGACAUUUAUAGACAAGCUGUAUAUCCGUACGUAAGGAUAAAUCUGUACGGAUAUUGGCAGCACAGGGUACAACAUCCCACCUGGAUUGUUUAUCGUUUAAAAAAAAUGCAUAUUUGUGCCUUCACUACAGCAUCUAAACCUAUACCAAUUCUCCAAAAUAUCCAGGGAGCAUUAAGGUGAAGCCCAUUCACGAACCAGUGGCCCCUGUGGCAAGAAAAUGGCAGCACUACAACACUAAGAAGAUCUCUAUGAUCAUUUUCUUUCUUUUUCUGUUUUGGGUUUUCGUGGUAUGUUUUUAACAUAAUGCAAGCAGAAUAAUGUUUUUUUUUUUUCCUGCUUAUUUUUUUAUAUUGUUUUUUUUUUUGUCAAGUAUUUGUUAAAAAAUGUACUUAAACAACGGUUUAGUAGAAUCCUGGAGUACCGACAGGCAUGGAAGCUACCUGCGAUUCUUAUGAUAAUUAAAUUACAUUUUUUUUUUCCCAUUCCCAAAAUUUACAGAUUAAGUCACGCGGAGAAGUUUGAUAACGGAAAAAUAUUUUGGUAUUUAAGGUGUGCACUAACUUGCCGAAUUCAUACUAUUGUACUGAGUAAAAAGCCAGAGUUGCCAUUGGAAUAAUCCAGUUGUUCAUAAUAAUCAUGUUGUUUACAAAAGAAGCCAUGGAUUCUACAGAAUUUUAAUUUGUAUAUAUUGGGUUUUUUUUACAUUUAUAAAUGUAUCAGGAAAGCGUGAAUUAAAAAUGGUUGAAAAAAAAAAACAGAACAAUGCAAACCAAAUUUGAAGUGGGUUUAUUUGAGGAGGGGCUCGAGAGUUUAUUUUUUUCACAGCAUAUGCUGGAUGAGGCUGUCGUAAGUUUAGAAGCCUUCACUUGGCGGUGAAAUGCGUUGGCCCGUCUCGUUCCCUCCGGGGGUUCUAUAAUUUACGUUUCUCCAUAGCCCCCCACCCAGCUUCUAUGGAAGGAGACCCCCGAGAUAUGUGUGUAAAUAUACAUUAUAACUCACACGUUCGGGCAUUCUGUGGGUCUAACGUGUGCACUUGAAAUGAAAUAUUAGAGCAAAAAUGUCCUUGUAGCGGGGUUAUCACCACGUGGAACGUUCCCCUUGGGUAAAAUGGUGACAUUGGAUCAAAUACCAUCAUUUGAAUGGCCUCGUCACAGGCUAAACAUGGUGAUAAGACUCCUUCCAUGCUAUGCCUUGACUUUUAUGUAUUUCAAGUUGUGACGUCAUACAUUAUAUGGUCUUUCCCUUUCUUAUUUUUUGGACGUAGAUGGCAACCAUUGGCGUUCUUGCCUCUGCGGAA